AUGUCGGCGGCGGGGUUGAGGUGUCCGGGCUGCGGCUCCUCUAACAUUGUGGACGAUGACCUGUACUGUCAAGCCCAGCGGGUGUGCGUGGACUGCGGCUCGGUGGUGUCUGAGGGGAGCUUGGCCGAUGACCCGAUCGGGGGUUCAGAUGUCAGCUACAGCAGGACCACAGCGGUGACAAAAAAACCCUGCCUCAAUCUGAUAAAAGGUCUGGAGCGCGUCAAAGAAAUAUGUCGGAUCCUCAGGCUCAGCAGCGAAAUCGAGGAUCUGGCAUUGACGUAUUUCAGGCAGGCCUACGUGCACGAGACCUUCAUCAACGUGAGCCUGCAGAGGAAGGAGCUGCUUGCCGGUUGCUGCGUGUUUGUGAGCUGCGGACAGCGGGACUGGCCGAUCACUCUGGGAACCAUCUGCUGCCUGUUGAACGCUGACCAGACACUGGUGGGAGGCGUUUAUCAGGAAAUGAUGAAGGUCCUGAACAUCCAGGCUCCCUUUAUCAAUAUCACAGAUGUCAUAGAAGCACAUGUUCAAGAAUACAAAAUCAGUGCACAACAUGUUCCCGAAGAGCUGGCCGAGGAGUCCGAAGCGUUGACCAAGCGAGCCGUGGCGCUGGUGGAGCUGGCAGCAGAUUCCUGGAUUGUGACCGGACGACGGCUCCUACCGAUCAUGAUGGCGGCGACGUAUUUGGCCUGGCAGUCUCUGAACCCCAACAAGCAUCGCAUCAGGUUCCCCCUUAGCAAAUUCUGUCAGGUGGCCCAGGUGCAAAAGCGCACAACAGCUACGUUGAGAAUAACGGAGCUGAAGCAGGCGCUGUGUAAGCUUGGGAGGGAACUUCCUUGGAUCAGGGAAGCGGUGACCGAAAACAAUGUAGUUCGUCUGGUGGAGGAUAUUCUGGACCACAGACAUACCCUGCUGGCGAGUGCUCUAAAAAACCACGAGAAGGCUAAGCAAGAUGAUUGCACCCAGACCGACUCUUCGAACCCUCUCACAGGGGAGGUGGCGCCAUCCCAGCUGUCUGAGAGCAGGGAUGAGACGGCAAACGCUUCCUCCAGGGUGCAACCCUGUCCCCAAAACAGUAGGGAGAACCCAGAAGGAGACGUGGACGACGACCAUCAGGGCGAAGAUCUGGAGCCAAACUGGGGUAAAAGGGUCCUGUUUGCUCCUCCGUGUGUGAUUCAUCGCAAGAGGAGGAGAGUGGAGCAGCCUGUUCAGAACGUUACCGGAGACGAGGAAAUCUCCGACAGCGAGAUCGACUCGUACAUCCGCACGCCACAAGAAGUUCGGGACUUUACCCUGAUGCAGAACAUGGUGUCCGUCUCUGACAGUGGGAAGGCAUAGCUAACUUGCACUUCUUUCAACACGAAUUAGUUUUUUUUUUUUUUUAUGACCCACGUUAAAUUUUCAAAGGUUUAACAACCUUGUUUUUGCAUUUGUUCUUCCAUACAACGAAGCCUGCCGCUUUCCUGUCUGCUGGAGACAGUGAGAUCGUUUUUUCAUUAUUUUGUAUGCAGCUUAGGUUGUUCAUUCAAAAUAUAAGCUAAGCUAUUUGUUCCCUUUUUUGCCAUGAUGUUGUUUGCAGGAGAAUUUUAUUUAAUGCAAUCUUUAUUUACCACAAGUUCUGUGCAACAGAUGUGACAUGCUGUAUUUUGUGAGGAAGCCAGAAAUAAUUUUGUUGUGGGUAACUCUAA